CUACAAACGCAACACCUUUAUCACUACUACCACCGCUAUCAAACACAUAUACACCCAGAGACAAUUAUGCUCCAACGCAGAGUAUCCCAACAUAACCCUCCAACCACAAAAACAUCCAUGACCAAUCUGGUUACUAACGGAAGAGAAAUAUUGGCCACAACCAAAGACAAUCGACUGAGAGCAACUACAGCAGGAGGACUUUUGGGAACCAAACGAACCUCACUGGGAAACCUGAGAAAAUCCAAAUCAUCCACCACAGCUGACCAUCAUAAUCAGUCCACACGCCAAUCCGAAUUAAUGACAGCAGUAGACAUGACUAUGAAACGUCGCUCAACAGGCUGUAUCAGGCAAAAUUCUUUUAAUACAUCAAAAAACAAUUCCACAAUCACCACUACCACAGCAACAACAGCAACAACAGCAAACCAAAAUACAAAAAUCUGGAGACCGCCUGGAUGUUACGAAAUUCCAAAUAUUCUAGGUAGCGAUUGUUUUUUGAAACCAGAUCCUCCUACAGCCCAGGAAAAGACUUACAGUCUGCGAGCGUACAACCCAACAAAACACAUUUCGAAACGUCCUUGGCUGCCGGCUGGACCCCGUUCAGAGAUUCCGCAACUGCCUCCGUUCGUACGACCAGAGAAUGCCUUUGAGCGUAACAUUCGAAAAGCGGUACCCAAAAUACAAGUAUCAUCGCUUGAUCCACGCAACAAGUACGGUAGCUUUAAAGAGAUCGGAACAGGUGUAAAUGGAGCCGUGGUUAGAGCCACUCAUCGGUACAAAAAGAAUCUAAGAUUGGCAAUCAAGCGUUGUCGUCUAGAUCCUGACCGCGACUACAAGGCUGCAAUGAUCCGCGAACUCCGAAUAAUGGCCACAGGGCACCCUAAUUUAAUCCGUCUCCGAGAAGUAACCAUUUGGAGAGACGACGUUUGGAUGUGCAUGGACCUCCAGCGAUGUGCAGUGUUUGCCGUACUCUGUCAACGUGAAAUCCCAGAAGAAUUUGCUGUCAAUAUUGCUUGUGAAACCCUCAAAGGAUUGGUGUUUUUGCACCAAAAGGGAUUCAUUCAUCGAGACGUCAAGUGUGAAAACAUUCUCUUGGGUUGGAACGGUGAAGUCAUGCUAGCUGAUUUUGGCUUGGCCACUCGAACUACCAGACGUAAUCGAGACCGUCUUGGUACCAGUAAAUGGAUGGCGCCCGAGGUAAUUCGAGAACAAUACUACGACGACAAGAUCGACAUGUGGUCUCUUGGCAUCACAGUAAUUGAAAUGAUGGACCGCGUCCCACCACAUUAUAUGCUCAGAGACGAAAGCGAACUGUUUGCUGCAAUUCUCAACGACACAAGCCCAACAUUCACCUACAGCUAUCCAACGAUGUACAUGCGUGGCCUGGUGGCCUGGUUACUCGACGAAAACCCCCAGACAAGACCAGCGGCCCGAGACGUCCUACAAGAAAUUGAUGCACAUGUCCAGAGCAAUCUGUUAAGGUGUGCAUCAGCCAUCGAUCUUGCAAGAUUUGUCAAUAAUGUCCUCUCACCCUUGUAAAAGCUCCUUUAUACUUAACACCCAUAACCAUAACCAUAACCAUAACCAUAAAUGUAAUUAUAAUUAUAAUUCCAAUGAUGAUGACAAAGGUUAUUUUAAAUAUACACACAAAUAUAUAUACAAAUAUUUAUC